UGCCCAGGGCUCCGUCCAGCACUGCAUCCGCUGCUGCCGCUUCCCGGGAUCUGAAGUCGGCCACGAGGACUCCUCCGACGGCAUCCCCAGGAAGGGGGGUGGGACAAGGAGGGGUUAAAAGACGAGCAGAAACCCACCCAACUACUCAACCUCUCGUGACUGCCUGUGCUCUGGGGUUCUGAGAGGGACCGUGCGCUGCCCGGGGAAGCAAUGCAAGUCUCCAUAGCCUGCACAGAGCACAAUUUGAAGAGUCGGAAUGGUGAGGACCGACUUCUGAGCAAGCAGAGCUCCAACGCCCCCAAUGUGGUGAACGCAGCCCGGGCCAAAUUCCGCACGGUCGCUAUCAUCGCGCGCAGCCUGGGGACGUUCACCCCUCAGCACCACAUUUCUCUCAAAGAGUCCACCGCAAAGCAGACUGGCAUGAAAUAUAGGAAUCUUGGAAAAUCAGGACUCAGAGUUUCUUGCUUGGGUCUUGGAACAUGGGUGACAUUUGGAGGUCAAAUUUCAGAUGAGGUUGCUGAACGGUUGAUGACAAUCGCCUAUGAAAGUGGAGUUAAUCUCUUUGAUACUGCUGAGGUCUAUGCCGCUGGAAAGGCUGAAGUGAUUCUGGGGAGCAUCAUCAAGAAGAAAGGCUGGAGGAGGUCCAGCCUGGUCAUUACAACCAAACUCUACUGGGGUGGAAAAGCUGAAACGGAAAGAGGGUUGUCAAGAAAACAUAUAAUUGAAGGGUUGAAGGGCUCCCUCCAGAGGCUGCAGCUGGAGUACGUGGACGUGGUCUUCGCGAACCGGCCGGACAGCAACACCCCCAUGGAAGAAAUUGUUCGAGCCAUGACGCAUGUGAUAAACCAAGGGAUGGCGAUGUACUGGGGAACCUCGCGGUGGAGUGCCAUGGAGAUCAUGGAAGCCUAUUCUGUAGCAAGACAAUUCAACAUGAUCCCUCCAGUGUGUGAACAAGCUGAAUACCACCUUUUCCAGAGAGAGAAAGUCGAGGUGCAGCUACCAGAGCUCUACCAUAAAAUAGGAGUUGGAGCGAUGACCUGGUCCCCACUUGCCUGUGGAAUCAUCUCAGGAAAAUAUGGAAAUGGGGUACCCGAAAGCUCCAGGGCCUCUCUGAAGUGCUACCAGUGGCUGAAGGAAAGAAUUGUGAGUGAAGAAGGGAGAAAACAGCAAAACAAACUGAAAGACCUCUCGCCCAUCGCUGAGCGUCUGGGCUGCACACUCCCGCAGCUGGCCGUGGCAUGGUGCCUGAGAAACGAGGGCGUGAGUUCUGUGCUCCUGGGAUCAUCCACACCUGAGCAGCUCAUUGAGAACCUGGGUGCCAUCCAGGUUCUCCCAAAGAUGACGUCACAUGUGGUAAAUGAGAUUGAUAACAUAUUGCGCAACAAGCCCUACAGCAAAAAGGACUACAGGUCAUAAGGCAAUGCAUGAGCCACAGGCGCUGCAUGGUUAAAACAUCGGUCUCCACCGAUACAGAAGGGUGUUACCAGCCAGUCUUUCAAAUCACUUAGCAGCUGCUGCUCAACCUCUAGUGUCCCCGGACGCUGAGGUGUCUGCUGUCACUACCACUGUGCACCUGAAUUAUGAGCACAUCUGAAAAUCCACAACUAAGGAAAUCCAUCCUAUUUUCUUAUCUUGGACUGGAGUCACCUGUUCUUGCAUUGCUCUCUGUGCACCUCAUGCUAAUGCAAUGGGAAGUAUGUGGGCAGGAAAGACAUAGUACUUUCAGACAUUUGGCAACUUAGAGAGGGCUACACAGGUAGAUGUUUUUACAAAAGAGCAAAACCCACAGAUGCCAUGUGGACUGCACCGGAAAGAAUAGGCUACAUUCACACAGAAGUCCUGUUUGGGAAAAGAAACAGGAACAAUUUUGCAUUUUUUUCUCUGUUCUCACAUUCCUGUUGUUAUUGUUUCACUAGUCAUUAUUAACAAAACUAACUCCUAGGUAUUUGCUUUCAUUAUCUUUUAAAUAUUCACUGUUGCUUAGCCCAAGAAUGACCCUGUAUAGCAGCUUAUCCAAGGUGUCUAUCAGUAUUCUAAUAAUGCUAUGUUCAUUUACAUGCAGAAAUGGUAAAAGGACAAUUAUGGUAAAUUUAUGAAAAGGGAGGAUUACACUACUAUGGAAGUUUAGCUUUGAAUAAAAUGUAACGCAUUUGCAAUGAAACGUUCAUUUUUGACUGCUUGUAGACACAACUUCUGCAAGUUUAUAUUUUUGAGCUUUAAAAAUAUACACAGGCUUGUUUUUCAGUAAACCUGUAAAAUACCCAGAAAGGCAAAUGUUUGCUGUUUAAUUAGCACUGGGAUUUCACAAUAUAAUGUUUGGUGUUUCUGAGGAGUUAAUAACAUAAAAGGAAAUCACAGGCUUUGUGAAAAAUGUUGUCACUACUCGGCAUAUGCUGAGUGAAUCAACUUGCCCAACAAAAAGCAAAAUGUGAAGGAGCCUCCUGAUUCUAUCAUCACAUGAUGUGCACUAACUAUAUGCAUGAAAGCUCACUGCAUGGAUUAGAGUGGCCUCGCUCUAGUGCACCCUGAAGCCGAGGUCUACCCGGCCCUGCCUACCCUCCUGAAUGCUCCAUGGGAGAGAAAUUCGGGGGAAUAUAUUGUGUGUACGUUAGAAGAGAGAAAAACAAUUUUUUUCCUUUUUGGGGGGUGUGUUGGGGGCGGAAGUCCUGUAACUCUAUUUGGACAUCUCAGCACAUACAAAAUUUUAAUUUAAUUUUUUGGCCAGCUGGUCCCUCAUAUAGAAAUCAUUUUGAGACUUACGGAAAUGUAUCAUCAGCUUUAAAUGCUAUUUUUUACCAUCAUUUCCAGAUAUGUAUUUCCUGGUGAAGUUCUAAAUCUUAAAAUGUUAAUGUAAAAUACCAAUACAUUUCCUCUUUGGUUACUACUAUCUGUAUUCAAUUAAGAAAAUAGUUUGGGUUUUGCCCCAAAGUAUCAGAGUGAUGAUGAAAAUGAAUCGUUUCUCAGUUGUUUUUGUAUAUUCAACCAAUCAGUGAACUGCUGUAUGUAUGAGCUGAAGUUGUCUGAUUGAAGCUGUAAUUUAACCUAUUAAUUUGCUUAGAGUAAUAAAAGCAUU